UGACCUACUUUCAAAUUAUUAAUAUCAAUUCACUCAAUGGAUAAAUAACAUUCUCCACUCAGUGAUUCAUCCCACUCACUUCUAUCCCCCUAAACAUCACCUGAACAAUCCCCUGGUUGAUCGUACAUAAACGAGUAUAACAAAUCACACGCUAGCUUAACUCUCAGUCAUAUUUGAUUGGUUUGGUUGAAAGUGACAUCUCAUUGGUGGACUGACGUGAUGAUGGGCUGUUCAAAUACACACAAACCCACAUUAAUUAUCAAACUCGCACGAAUUCACAAUUCCCCAUUCGCAUCAACGAUAUACACUGACAAAUUUUGCACAUUCGAAAUCAGAUGGAGAGAUUGAUCGAUGAACUGGCUAGUGUUGUGACGCACAACAUGAGACUUGAUGACGAUUUCGACUGUGGACCAUCAGAUGUUUCUUGUGAUUGGACAAAGCGCGAAUUCGUCUUGGUGCUUGACAAAAUGUUUCUUCCCGAAGUUGAUGAUGGUGUGGAUCCGAUUGAAGCGAAGAAAUUAUGGAUGAGGUUUGGUGUGACAGCGGCUGCUCAUGUGUACAAAUCUGUUGGUCAGUGUGCAUCACAAGCACUGCGUGUGUGGCUGACGAAUGCAGCGUUAGCGGUGAUUCUCCAUGGACUUCUGGGAGAGUUGACGACGUCAACAGAGGGAGAUGCAGGUGGAAACACAGCUUCUCCUGAAGAAGCCACAAGCGAAUAUAUAUCACUACCGGAUGAUGUAUGUUCAAAUGGUCGUGAGGAUGGAAAUUGGAGUUAUGGCUGUUGGACAGUGGAGAAUUUGGCGAGUAGUUCCGAGAUGAGAGAUGUUGUGAGAGGAGAGAUGAUGAAUGCAUGCAUCUCAGUGAUGAUGGCGGCUGUUGUGAACUACUUUGAGGAGAGGUGUUACACACCGAGUGGCUUUCGGAGGGACAGCUACGCGUGGCGAAUACUUCGAAGUGGUGUGAUGGAGAAAUAUGGUCUGACAGAUGAGGGUGAUAAGGAGAAGGCGAUGCUGAUCACUGGUCGAUGGGUCUCGAAAUUGGUUGUUUUCCGUAUGGCGACGGAACACCGACAGCUUCAUCAUCCAAUCAGAUCUGUGAAGGCGAUUGGUUACAACAAUCAGUCACUCAAGAAACUGGAUGUCGGUAAAUAUUUCUAUCAAGUACCAGCUGGUUUCACAUACACUCGAAUCGCCUACGCUAUCGCCAACAGGAUGGUUCGAUCUGUAUGCAUCCCCUUGUUUGAGAAUCUCCAUGAACUGAAUGAUCUCCGAAGGCUUCACCGUCAAAUAAUUGAUGAUCCAUUCCACUACCACACAGAUGGUGAAUAUUUGACCGGUUCACCGAGGACAACAACUACCGACACAGCGAACAACCUGUUCGGUCGACUCAUCACAUAUCUCAGAAUCUUUGAGCCGGAAAGUGAACUGAUGCUGUAUCCUCAGUUGUCUGUGAAUGGAGAGACGCGUGAGAAGCACUAUUUCGACUACAGUGAACGUUGGGAGGAUAUUUUGCGUGUGAUUCGUGAUGAGAGAUAUAUGCCUUGUGAACAAUGUCUACGAGAUGUGUUGAAAAUAAGCUGUGGUAUUGGGGAUCACUUCCCACCGGAUGAAGAGAUGGUGAAGAGCUGUUGGGAUGAAUACGGCGUUAGCGAUGACAUUCGCCAGUCAAUUCUCAGAAGUUAUCAACCAAGCUAACAGAUGGAGUUCCACUCAAGUGAAAUUUCAUGGUGAUUUGCUAAAUAUUUCUUUUGACUUUAAUUAUAACAUUUUGAAUAAAGUUUACUUUAUGUUG